AUGGAUUCGUCCGCUGUAGCUACAGCUACGAACGGCGACAUCGUAGAUCCAGAGGAUGUUGAAGAGCAUGAAUCCCACGAGAAAACUAACAAAAGGACAAAAUUGGAGAAGUACCUCGACAGAAAAGAGGUAGGUUCGGGAGAUUUGUCAGUUUUCUUUUUUGUGAGGAUCGUAAAAGGUUGCGUAAGGCGCACAAGAUGCGCAAGCAGGAGCGGCGGAAACAGGCUUUGCAGUCGGGCCUCGAGGUCACUCCUCGAUUGCCAAAGCCGCAGAUCGUCAAGAUGUCCGAAUCAAGCUGCAAAACGCGCGUCGUACUGGACUGUGCCUAUGAUCACAUGAUGUCUUUCAAGGAUAUCUGCAAGCUCGCGCAUCAGGUAGCAGUUAUGUACUCUUCGUGUCCUGUCGACUUAUUCGCAUGUUGGUACCUUUAAAUGCGUCGACUGCUUGUUAUGGUCUGUGAAUUUUCAACGAUCAGACGGAAACAACCGAGGACCCUUAUAUCUAGAGGGUUAUUGACGCCAAUCAGGCCGGCCUUGUCGCUGAAAUCCGAGCGGUAAAACGUCUCCGAAAAUCCGCGGGUAGAGAAAAGCCGUCAGUCAAAGCCUACAGAGGUUGUCCUGAUGCCCUCUUUGAGCUUUUUAUUAUGUUUCAGUAUGCGGGACACAGAACUCAUCCUGGGGCCUUUCUUCAGGGGAGGAGGUCGCGACCUUCUUUUACUGGCUAGCAUGUUGAAUUGCCCAUGUUUAUUCACUGCGGACUUCCUGGGUGGUGUUAGCUUGCACACGACUCACUCAUUCACUCUCCUUCCAACCUCCCACAACAUACACUGAGUGACUGAUCUCAUUAAAUGUUGGUUGAAAUUCUGAGAUGCGUUUUCGAUUAGGAAGGAUUACUUGGGUGCAGUUGUAAUACUGAAUACCUCGUUGCAUACUCCUAUAAUAUUUCUGACUUGGUAGGAUGUCAGCUUUUGAAUGCAUUACUUUCUCAGUAAAAAAUGACUUCUUAAGUAGCAUGCAUUUUUCCUAUUGAUUUUCGAUGGUCCUGUAAAUUCAAAUAUAUCUUAUAGAAACCAUAAACGAAAUAUACAUUCUUUCAGUCAAUUGAUAGAGAAUCACAUCUUUACAUUUUAUACUCAAGAAAGAAGUAUAAUUAGGUUUUAAAAAAGUUUCUAAUUAUGAGAUUUUUUUAAGACCGCGCAGUGUCCAUUCACAUAGCAUCGUAUCUGGCCGUUUACCACAGCUCCUCACAAACUGAACAACAUAGUCCGCAUCCACUGCAAAAUUUCAUGGACUCUGUAUGAUAUCUUUUUAUUAGCUUAGAAAAAUAUGUAAUUUUUGCGCGGGACGCAUGCACCUUGUAGACUGAAAUCACUAAACGGUAAUGCAACGAAUGAUAAGGCUCAACAUUAUGCGAAAAUUUGUAAGCUCUUUAAAAACUUAAUUAUACUCCUUCCCUGAGGAUAAAAUAUAAAGAUGUGAUUCUCUAUUAAUUGACUGAAAGAAAACAUAUUUUUGUUUAUGGUUUCUAUAAGAUAUAUUUGAAUUUGCGAGACCAUCGAAAUCAAAAAAAACGCAUGCUACUUAAGAAGUCAUUUUUUACCGAGUACGGUUUCUUCAGGAGAUUGAAAAGCAGUGUAUUUGAGAGCUGGCAUCCUGCCGAGUCAGAAAUGUUAUAAGAUUAUGCUACAAGAUAAUUAGUAUUACAACCGCGCCCAAGUAAUCCUCCCUAAUCGAAAACGCACUUCAGAAUUUCAGCCAACAUUUCAUGAGGUCGGUCACUCACUGUACUACCCGCAUUUGUGCGUGUCAGCUAUCUGUUUAUAAAGGUGUACGAGGCUGACUUCAAUAUGGCGGAUCACGUUUCGGCGGCAGAUGCCAUCAGGCAGCAGACGCUGUGACCUCGCCCUUAUCUUCAUAGUAACGGAGGGCCUCUUCAGUGCAACGGUUUCCUGCGUUUAGUAAUCAGUUUACGACGCGUCAUAUUAGUUGUUAUGAGAAAGUGGGUGCUUGAUCGACUGAACUGCCUUGUGGUUGGCGCGGUAGCUAAUUUUCCAGAGACGACGAUCUGACCAGAUGGCGAAGUCCGAGUUUAACCAACUGGCUGACAUGACUUGCUGCCUCUAUCUGACGCAUGCUAGACUUCUGUCUUAUCCCCUGGUUUGGUCCAACCGUGGCAGUUAAGGAUGUAGGCUCAACUGUAAUCGUACACAAUAAUUUCAUUCAGGGAGCUGUGAGGACAGGUUUAUUCUGUACACAGGGAAGAUUGCCGUGAGUUGCCUGUCUGCUUGCGUGUGAGAGCAAAGCCCUCAUUCGGAAGGGCACCAAUCGCGGUGUGGAGUGGUGUUCACAUUAGUCGGACAUGUACGCGCCAGCACGAAGAAGUGAGCAGCUGAGUGUUGAUCGGUUAAUUGCUUGUUAUAUGGGCUGAAUGUAGGGCGCAUGUUCGAGAGUGACGAAAAAUCAAGGACGAUACGCCAUUACGAAAAGUGGGACGCUUGCGCGGUUGUCUCACAACCAAACAGCGAGUUUUAUAUUGGGGGCUCAGGAGUCUCCCAGGUUAUCCUUCUAACGUCUGCACACUCAUCUUCUUACCACCCCGAUUCUUGCACAGAUCUCAAACUGUUACUCCAUUAAUCGACAUCUGCCCUCCCCUGUCCAACUCUACGUCACUGGACUCGGCUCCGCCUUUAGGGAGAGUUCAGCGCCUUCACCGAUCACCGAGCAGUGCCAGUCGAAUGUCCCUGAGGCUGCGUCUUCAAGGAGCACUUCGGAGCACGACGCCGGUUGCGUCACGACGCGUCCCCCGGCCUCGAAGAGUACCCUAUCUCGACUGAACCUGGUCAGCGCAGAGAACUGGGACCUCUUCCUGAAAGUGGUACUUGACCGUGCCAGUCUUUUCGGACGCCUUUACCGUUUUAUUCAUUGCCUAGUCCGCCUGACUUGCGGUGGAGUCGAAGCAAGCCAUGCGGGCCGUAAGCAACGUGCUCUGUUCAGAUGUCUUGCCAAUGUGAAAAUAAGGCACUCAUCGUGCAGUAAUUCACCCGACACGCGAAAGACAGACCCAGAUUCCUAAGCAGCCAUUUACGUCAGAAGAGCAUAUGUACUCAUGAUCGUUUUGUCUAUUUGCUGUAUCGCCGCGUGAUAGAAGGCUAAUCGGCAUGUGACGCCGGCAUUCCUAUGACGGGCGUAAUAUAAGCUUUACCGAAGGAGAGUUGAUUCCUGAGCCACCAGGCAAGUUCACCACUGGAACUCGGUUAUAUCAACUUUGCACGUCUUUGAAGAUAUCUCCAGCACAGCCCCAAGGUUUCAAUGAAUAAGCUAAUGUUUCAAGCGACGACCAACCAACGCCUUGCAUACUCAUACCGCUAAUGCGGAUGACUGUCCUUACAUUUUACUGAAAUCAUCUACAACUGAAUGUUCACAAGUUUUGGUUCUACAUUUUCACGGAAAAUAUUCUGUUAAAUGCGUAUAUUACUGACAAACUUUCAGUACCAUGUUUAUUUAUAGUGAGAUAUUGCAUGUACCGUUUACAAUAGGGUUUUCAAAGGCAUUGCCUAUUACUCUUAAAAUAUACUGACCUAUACUGACCUAUUCCAAAGGAGCGAUUUUUAUCGUUUGAUCUUAGUACACAUCUUCCUGGCCGUGGGUGACACUGCCGCGUAGAGACCAUCAAGAGAUACUAUCAACAGGUACAUGAGAGCUGGUGGAGGCACUUGCCUGGCGUACGCUGGCACCUGGUUCCCUCCUGCGGUGGAUCCGCUUGCUCUCCCGCUGGAUAUACAGUCCGUGUGCAUGGUUGUUCAGUGACCUGUGCCAUCCUUUCCUCUUUCUGACCCAUUUUUGUUGUUUAAAACCCCCCAGUCAAGUGUUUGUUGUUGGCCAAGGGGUGUGGUGGUGGUACGUCUAGGUGCGGGUUCGGCCGUGCUAGUCACCUGCUUCCUCUUGCGUCUUCUUGACUCCGUUUUGACACCGAGUCCAGGCGCGGGAGGAGAGAGUGCAGGGGGUGCUGUGUAAGUCUACAUUCGCUGUAAACUAAAUCACGUGCAAGUCAUCUUGCCUGCUCUCGCCUUGCUGUGGGGCAUACGAUGAACAUCGUCGGGAACGACGGUCGAAUUGUAAUCUUUUUACUACUAGGAGAAGUUAUAGGAGGGCAAUAGGCGAUUAGGAUGACAACGGGCGAAUUAAAAAAUUGCCAGAGCAACUGCUGGAGCUCAGAGUAGAAAUGCAGGCGACUUUGGUCAUUAUUAAUGCAAAGCUAGGAUGUCGACUUUGCGAUUUCGCUUAAGUAAUCUUUUCCAUCUAUCAGCAUGCUUUCCGAUUGCAGUCGUUGCUUUCCUUAUCGGUCAUGCGAUUUAAGUCUUAAACUCCUUUAUUCCUCUUUCAUUGCCUUUGUGACGGACAAAAAGGCCGAUACACUGAAGCCACUCCUUCAGAUCUACCAAGUUGUUUUUAUCCUGUCACUUAUUCGCCGUUUUCCUUCGCCUUCCCCGUUCUUUGUAGGAAGAUUUCACCGAGCUUUUCCCAGCAACUUCAAUCGUCUACCUCUGCGCCGAAGCUGACGAUGAGCUACCGGAUGAGUUUAUUUCUCCUGGUGUGAACAGUGGCGGUGAAGAAGAACCAAAAUUUGCCUCCGACGAUGUUUACGUUAUUGGCGGUCUGGUGGAUCAUAAUUCUCAUGUAGGAUUCUGCCAUCGUCAGGUAUUACUUUUAUGAAAUGCUGCUACUUGUGCGUAACUACAGUGCGUAACCGAUCUCAUGAAAUGUUGACCGAAAUUCUGAAAUACGUCUUCGAUUAGGGAGGAUUACUUAGGUGGGGUUGUAAUAAUGAUAAGUAUGCAGUCUAAGACUAUAGCAUUUCGGACUCACUGGGAUGUCGGAUUUUGGAUGUACCCCUCUUUGACCUUCUGUAGAAACUGCACUUGGUAAAAGAUGACUUCUUACGAGGCAUGCAUUCUUCCUAUUUAUUUUCGAUAGUCUUAUAAAUUCAAUUAUAUUUUAUAGAAAACAUGCACAAAAAUAUGUUUUUUCUUACUCUUGGUAGAAAAUCGCAUUGUCUUGAUAUUUCAUACCCGAAGGAAGUGUGCAUAUUUGGGUUUUUAAAAAGUUUUCGAAUUCCCGAAUAAUUUUGUUCCUGAUGUGCCAUUGCAUUAGCGUUUGGCGAUUUCAGUCUAUAAUGUGCAUGCUUUCCGCAUAAGGAAAAUCAUAUAUUCCUCUAUGUCUUUAAGAAGGUACCACAUAUAAUCCCUAAAAUUUCGCAAUGGAUCCGGACUGUGUUGUGGUAUACGGACAUAUGCGGUCCGGUAUGCAAGGAUAGCGCACAGUCUUAAAAAUCUCAUAAUUAGAAACUUUUUAAGAACCCAAAUAUGCACACUUUCUUUGGGUAUAAAAUAUCAAGACAAUGCGAUUUUCUACCAAAAGAGUAAGAAAAAACAUAUUUUUGUGCAUGUUUUCUAUAAAAUAUAUUUGAAUUUAUAAGACUAUCGAAAAUAAAUAGGAAGAAUGCAUGCUUCUUAAGUAGUCAUCUUUUACCAAGUGCAGUUUCUACAGAAGGUCAAAGAGGGGUACAUCCAAAAUCCGACAUCCUGAUGAGUCCGAAAUGCUAUAGUCUUAGACAACAUAUUUAUCAUUAUUACAACCCCACCUAAGUAAUCCUCUCUAAUCGACGACGUAUUUCAGAAUUUCGGCCAACAUCCCAUGAGACCGAUCAGGCACUGUAGUAACCGUGUUUGGAGAGUUAAAAUAAUCGAUUUCCUCCGACGAUUUUUACGUUAUUGGCGGUCUCGUGGAUCAUAAUUCUCAUGUAGAAUUCUACCACCGCCAGGUAUUACUUUUAUAAAAUGUUGCUACUUGUGCAUAAUUAGUAAACGUGUUUGGCGAGUUAAAAUUAUUGGCUUCCUGUUUAGGCCUCUGAGCGCGGCCAUCGGACAGCUCGUUUACCUCUUGACCGUACCGGAAUCGUCCUCUCCGGGCGCAAGGUCCUCAGCCUUAUGCAUGUUUUCCAGGCACUUGCGGGCGUCCUGGGCGGCGGUUUAGACUGGACCACAAGCCUCAACGCUGCUCUACCUUCUCGCAAGUGCGCCACCUCCACAAUGACGCCUGCGCCAUUCUACGCUGCAACCCUCAAACACUCUUCCUCAUCCUCAAAUAUUUCUCAUCCUGAUAAUUUCUGUUCGCCUUUGCCAAACGAGCCUACAUGA